AUGUUCGCAGUCCCAGGGUGGUCCGUCGCGGCUGACGCCCUCAAGUCGGAAACGCCUGGCGGCCAGAAGGACGGCCCCGCGAAGAACAAGACGCGCAAGCGCAAGAGGAACAACAAGGACGAAAAGGUCACGGAGUCCAACUUUGCCGACCUCUACCAAAAUGUGAUUGAGGGAAAGAAGAUGGAGGGUAAGCGCAGCAGGAAGAGCGAGGGCGGCGAGGAGACUCCCAAGAAGAAGGAGCGCAGAGCGUCCACGGCCGGCGAGGAUGCGCCGGAUGCGGCCAAGCCCAGCAAGAAGCAGAAGAAGGAGAAGGACUCAAAACCUGAAGAGGAGGUGGCAGAGGAGGAAAGCACGCCUAGGACCGACAAGAAGGACAAGAAGCAGAAGAAGGACAAGAAGUCCAAGGUUGAGAAGCACGACGAUGUCGACGAGCAGUCGACAGAGACACCCAGCAAGGACGAGAAGAAGAAAAAGACGAAGGACGCCGCAGCGGCCAUUGCUGCGUCUGUCCCUCCCGUGCCCCCGGCGCCCGCAAAACUCACCCCCCUCCAGGCCGCCAUGAGACAGAAGCUCAUCUCCGCCCGCUUCCGCCAUCUCAACGAGACGCUGUACACCCGCCCCUCCGCCGAGGCCUACCAGCUCUUUGAAGACUCCCCCGACAUGUUCUCCGAGUACCACGAGGGCUUCCGCCGGCAGGUCGAGGUGUGGCCCGAGAACCCCGUCGACGGCUACAUCCGCGACAUCAAGCUGCGGGCGAAGCAGCGGUUCCCGCCGCGCGGCAUGCCCCCCAAGAACCCGAACGGGCCUCAGCCGCUCCCCCGUACGGACGGCACCUGCAUUAUUGCCGACCUGGGCUGCGGCGACGCCCGCCUCGCCUCGACGCUGGCCUCGGAGUCUCAGAAGCUCCGUCUCCAGAUCAAGAGCUACGACCUGCACUCCCCCGCCAAGUUCGUCACCAAGGCCGACAUUGCCAACCUCCCUCUGGAAGACGGCUCGGUCGACAUCGCCAUCUUCUGUCUCGCCCUCAUGGGGACGAACUGGAUCGACUUCAUCGAAGAGGCGUACCGCAUCCUCCACUGGAAGGGCGAGCUGUGGAUCGCGGAGAUCAAGUCCCGCUUCGGGCCCGUCAAGUCCAAGAAUGCCGUCGUCUCCCACAGCGUCGGCAACCGCAGGAAGCAGGCCGCCACGGAGAAGAAGGGCAAGGCCGCCAAAGCAGAGGCGGAGACGGAGGCGGACCGCACGGCCCUCGCCGUCGAGGUUGACGGCCACGAAGACCGCCGCGGCGAGACGGAUGUCUCGGCCUUCAUCGAGGCCCUGCGAAAGCGCGGCUUCGUGCUGCGUGGCGAGGGCGAGGGCAACAAGGGCGCCGUGGACCUGUCCAACAAGAUGUUCGUCAAGAUGCACUUCAUCAAGGGCGCCGUGCCUACCAAGGGCAAGGGUCUUGCCGCCGCCAAGGCCGCAGGUUUCGUGGAGAAGGAGAAGAAACAGAAGCGAUUCGUGUGGAAUACGGAGGACAAUGCUGAUGAGACUUCCAUCUUGAAGCCCUGUGUUUACAAGAUUAGGUGA